GAGUAUGACGAUGGAAGAGGCAUUCGGGAAGUUCUGCAGUGGAUACUGAAUGAGGAAACAACCAUAAGAGGAGAUGUAAUGGAAUCAGUUAAUGAGUACGUGAGAAUAUGGCAGGAAUCCGAACGAUUGUACGAACAGCCGAAACACCAAAUAGCCGAACUCAUCUACCGACCGCCUGAUUUAGCCACUCUAUUCAGCACUGCGCGCUCUAAGUUCGUUGUUGAAGCCUUUGAUUCUGCACUGGCUGAACGUCAUCAGGCCUUUAGAUGGAGUACUCUAUUGAAAGUUUGCCCCCCUCCAGGUCGAAUUGCGCAGGACAGUGUGUCCUUGAUCAACUCUCCUCGUUCGAAUAAUCACAAACUUAUGCCAGAACUAACCAGAGGAAGGCAACAAAACAGCAGUGAUCUAAGCGAUUUCCGAGAUUUUGCAGAACUUAAUACGGAGAUAAAUUCUGUACGUCGACCUUCUACACUUGAUGUUCUAGACGUUCCAAGGCCAAAAAUCUCAACAGAGUGUCCAAGCCGAUCAAUUUUGGCAAAUCGGGCAGGCAAUUACAGACGGACACCGGAAUUGGAGUUAGACGGUCGACGUUCCCGCGGCACCAUAUCCGAGGUUGGUGGUGUCAAACGAGCAGACGUCCAGCGCGUAGUUCCUGUUCCCGGCGGUGGCUUUCGAUCUCGGGGUGGUAUUUACGGUCUCGGACUAUCCUCACCUCACCUGGGAGAUAUGAAUAUAAACAAUGGUACAAUGUCUGUUUCUCGCGCCAGAAAUUUCCAACGACGCGGAGCAUCCAGAGGAACAAUUCUCUCGGUUUCCAGCUCGAAUGUCUCUCAAUCUCUCGAACUGAAGAAUGUUAAAGAGAUUCAAAAGAUUCGAGAUGACUGGUCUGAGUUCAAAAGGAGCCUUUCUCGACCGGCAACGCCUUCUGGUUCCACAAUCGAUGCAGAUGCUGAAACACUGAAUGGAAGUCUUAUGGCAUACCCAUCAAACCUGAUGAUCCAGUCUGCAUACAAUUUUGGCACUUUCCCAAGCAGACGUCGGAUGGACAGUUUGAACUCCUUUGGUUUGGAUUCAAAUAUGCGCAAAUCUCAGCAGAGCUUGAUAUCUGUAGACUUUGAAAGAUCAAAUGGAACAGCUGUCAUGAAUGUGAUCCUAGAGAAGGCUGCCACGGAAAACUAUGGAAUGAAAUUUGUUGAAGGCCAUAUGACAAGAUUUGGCCAACUUGGUGUCUACGUAAAAUCAAUAACCCCAGGAACGGCAGCGAGUGGGGGUAAUAUCGAGAUUGGUGAUCGAAUUCUUGCCAUUAAUGGGAAGGAUGUCACUGGACUGACCUUUAAAGAGUAA